AUGUCUGGGGAUGCCGGUUUUACUCACGAUAGUGAGGUUUAUCCCUAUUACCACAAUAAUAGGGUCAACCCCAAUGACACAAUGAUGGAUGAGGCAAUAUCCAAGUCAAUUUACAAACCACUCGACGUCACCAAAGAGGAAGUUCGCCUUCUAGUUCUGCACCCGCCGCUGGUAGCUGAUUCAACCCUACGAUGCACUCUCUUGCAUACCGGAUUUGCUUCCCCUUCAAUUAACCCACCGACUAUUCCGUCCUACGAAGCGUUGUCCUAUGUGUGGGGUGACCCGAAUUUCUGCAUGCCGAUUCGGCUCAACAACAAAGAGGUUUGGGUCACCCCGAACUUGGCAUACGCUCUUUCAACCCUGAGACAUCAAGGCGGAGAUAGAGUACUCUGGGUUGACGCCCUCUGCAUUAAUCAAUUAGACACCGCGGAGCGUGCCCACCAGGUCACGCUCAUGCGAAAGAUCUAUUCCCGGUGUCAGCGAGACCUGGCCUGGGUGGGACCUACAUUGGAUGUUGAUUGCAGCGAAGAAGAUUUUGGUUACUAUCAACCAAUGAUUGUCAAAGCAAUGAAGUUGAUGGACCGAAUUGUUCACCGAGACGCACAAACACUGAUGUCCCUCGAGGGCCGCUACAAGUCACGUAAAAGGGCAAGAGCCCCCGGAACUUCAGAGACAACAAUGCAGGUCGAUCGCCGCGAAACAAGACAAUUGAAUUGGCUCUUCAAAGAGUUGUGCUUUUGGGAACGCGUUUGGAUCGUCCAGGAGUUGUCCUGCGCGCCGCGUCUGACCCUGGUGUGUGACGGAGCCGAACUGGAAUGGGAAUCAUUAUCCUUAUUUUUGAGAGAUGAGCCCUACUUCGACGCCUUCCACGCAGUUGGCGACUUAUAUGGUCUGACUAGCAAUCAUCACGUAUUCCGAGAAUGCUUCGUCAACGUGAAAAUAAUCGAGGAUCAGCGUGAGAGAGUACAGGCUUGUCUCGAUAAGAGCCACGCGGCGGACGGAAGUUCAUCAACCUUGAUAGAUGUCCUGGCUCGAUUCCGACGCAUGAAGUCAACAGACCCGAGAGACAGAAUUUACGCGUUACUUGGGUUAGUAACCCAAGACCACGGCAUCAAGGUUGACUAUACGAAAUCUAUCAGAGAUCUAUAUAGGGAAGUCACUGCCUCGCUAAUCAAUCUCUCGGAGAAUUUGGAUCCCAUUUGCCAAAGUCCAUUCGAGUUAACGAGAGGGCCCCUCGCACUCUGCGCUCCUGGAGACCGGGCGUUGUCGCCAUCAAGGGGUGAGCCCGUUGUGGCUCUGCCGUCCUGGACUGCCGAGUUCAACGUCAACAGGCAGUCGAGCCCCCAACCCGUUUCAGUCCUGUUUGCACAACGCGAUAUAUUCAAUGCAGGGAAAGCAAACUGCGAAGUACCAUGUCGACUCCUUGGCAACAGUCAAGAGACAUUGGUACUCAGAGGUAGCGCCGUGGGAUGCAUCGGACACAUACGCCCCCAAGAUUUUGAUAGUGGGGAGUCGGCGUCGCAAGUCAUGCAGAAUUAUCUGGAGAAAGAUGUUCUUGAUGAUACUAGCCGUUAUCUUUACGAGCCGAACCUCGGUGUGGGUGCGCCAAAACUAUCCGAAACUGCGUUUCAAGCCUUCUGGCGCACCAUGGCCAGGGAUUGCACAUCACCGCCAAGGAUGCGUCGUCUACUGAAACCGGAAAUUGCAGCACUAACUAUCUCCAAUGAAAGGGAUCUUAAAUCAGGAGAGGAAAUUCGGACUUGUCGCUCCACAGCUAGCAAUAACACGACAUCUGCUUUCACCUACAAUGAUGACGCGGGGGAGAGCGAGGCAUCUUUCGAAGUGGACGAUGGACCAGUACAACUUAAACUCACCAGGUUGCCCUACGACAAACAGGACUUCAUGUUCGCCAUGUGCCACAAUGGAGUUUAUGUUCUCACGCGUCCGUAUGUCAAAGAAGGGGAUAUCGUUGCGGUUGUGGAUGGUGGAAAAGUCCCCGUCAUUCUUCGCAAGGUUAAAGAAGAUGAGACCGACAACAACCUCGGGACUGUUUACCACUUCGUGGCUGUCGCAUAUGUGCAUGGGUUCAUGGAUGGCGAGGCCGAGGACGGUGUUACUGAGGGUUGGCUGAAGAAGGAGGACUUUGCAAUUGCGUGA